CCGUGUACGAGCAUUACUCUUACCAAAUUGCUCAUAUGAGAAACCCAGCAACGCGCGGCGCCGUCGGCGAGUUGGCGGAGCUGGUCCUGCCAUGGCUGCCGACAGAGGACCUCGCAGCCGCGGCUUCCGCCUGCCGCGCCCUGCGUGCCGCCGCUUCCGCGGUCACAGCCGGCCGCGCCGCCGACGCGGCACACGGACUGGAGCCUCUCCCCAUCCCCUUCGACAACCUCGUCGACUGCAAGCCCUACGCCUACUUCCUCUACACCCCCUUCUCCCUCACCCCGUCCGCCGCCUCACCCCGCGCCCAACCGUGGGGCCGCACGUGGGAACGUCCGCUAGGCCCGACAUGGCCUCCCUCCGACCUAGGCGGCUUCCCGUCGGCCGGGUGCGCGUGUCCACAGGGGGCGUGCGGCGGCGCUCGGUGCCCGUGCGCUGACCCGGAGGCCCAGACGGUCGGCUCGGAGGCGGAGGUUGGGAUGGGGAUGGGGAGCCUCAGGGAGUGCGGCGAGGGGUGCCCGUGCGGGCCGUCGUGCGGGAACCGGCGGACCCAGCGCGGCAUCACGGUGCGGCUGCGCGUCAUGCGCCACCGGAAGAAGGGUUGGGGACUGCACGCCGCCGAGGUUCUUCGCCACGGGCGGUUCGUUUGCGAGUAUGCUGGUGAGCUUUUGACAACAGAAGAAGCAAGGAAGCGGCAGAGGCUAUAUGAUGAGCUUGCCUCUGUCGGUAAGCUUUCUCCUGCACUCAUUGUCAUACGGGAACAUCUUCCUUCUGGGAAAGCAUGCCUAAGAGUUAACAUUGAUGCAACAAAAGUGGGAAAUGCGGCUCGUUUUAUCAAUCAUUCAUGUGAUGGAGGGAACUUGCAUCCCGUCUUAGUUAGGAGCUCAGGUUCAUUGCUCCCAAGGCUCUGCUUUUUUGCUGCCAGAGAUAUCAACGAAGGAGAAGAGCUCACCUUCAGUUAUGGUGAUGCUAGAGUUAGGCCUAAGGGCUUGCCGUGCUUCUGCGGAAGUUUGUGUUGUUCUGGUGUACUUCCUUCGGAAGAAACAUGAGCGAAUGUUCGUCAUCUGUAAUCCUUGAUGUUUUACUGCCUUUACAAGAAUAUUGGCGUCAGUAGUUCUACCGGCACCUGAUGAGGGAUGACUGGUGCGGACCGUGCGGUGGUGCCUCGCUUCAAAAAUUCAGCAUGCUGCCUCGGCCGUUUCAUGUCCGGUCUCUGUACCUUAUAUCUGACACUUGUGAGAGAAAAAUGUCUUGGCUCAUAGCACAAUGUGUACGGCAAGCUAGCAAAGCUAGACAAUUCUUUGGUAUCCGUUCUUAAAUCCUAAUGCAAUUCUUGCCGGCAGUUGGAAAUGCAUUUCGUGCUUCGGCUCACGGAUCCUUUGACAAAGAAGGCUCCUAUAGAGUGUGGUGAGUUCAACAAGAAACAACCUUGUG